UCGUCGCGAAGUGAACGUGUAUGAUCAGCGGAUACCGAAUUAUUUAGAUAUUAUUAUUAUUUUUUUCUUGUGCAAAGUGUAUGCUGUGUGUGUUAUGCAAGAAGUGUAAAGCAUGAAAGGACGCGUUCAGCAGCUGCUCCUGCAGUUGCUACUGCUGAGUUUCCUCUACUCUGUCGUGCAUUGUUUUGUUAAUUCUCCCAAAAUCGUUAGCAAGGAUGGCAAUUUGAUAUUUGAAUCGGGCGCCAAUCGAAACAUCAGCUUUCGAUUGAGCGGCACCUCGCGUCUGAUCAUCAAUGAGGAAUACGAUGUCCUCGAUCUGCUCAUGCCGAUGAGUGAACGCAAAAAGCGACCAGGUGGCUCCUCGAAAGAUGAAUGGACUAGCGAUGAGAUUGUGGAUUUGCGUGAACUUUCCGAUCAGCUGAACGAGUUCAAGGCUCAGUCACUCGGCUCAAAUGGGCUGAAUGCCAUGCUGGGAGUGCAGUUAAACAGAACCCAGGCCAGUCGCUUGCUCUUGCGUCGUCUGCAGGUGCGUCUGCGUAUAGUGGAAAACAAGGCGCAACGGCUGAAGACGAGACUGGAUCAACACAGUUGCAAGAGCAAUCCCUGUGAGAACGGUGGCACCUGUUACGAUACCUUGGAUGGAUUUCGAUGCCAGUGUCGUGCCGCCUUCGAAGGCCAGAAGUGCGAGCGGGAUGUGAACGAAUGUGCCCUGUUUGAAGGCACCGAUUUGGGCUGCCAGAAUGGCGGUCAGUGUGUGAAUCAAUUUGGCACCUUCAGCUGCCUGUGCCCGCCCGGCUGGCAUGGGAUGCACUGCACCCAGCGCAAGGGGGACUGCGCCUCAUCCAGUGCCUGGGAGCUGUGUGGUCACGGUAGUUGUGUGCCCAGCAGCGAUGCGGUUGGCUAUCGCUGCAUUUGCGAGCCCGGCUGGAAGAGCAAUGCGCUGUCGCCCAGCUGCAGCGAGGAUGUGGACGAAUGCAGUGCCAGCGCACACACACCCUGCUCCACCAAGUGCAUCAAUCUGGUGGGCAGCUUCACCUGUGCCCCCUGCGCCCCCGGCCUGACUGGCAACGGUGUCAGUUGUCGGGACAUUGACGAGUGCGAGACGAACAACGGCGGCUGCAGUCUCAGUCCGCGGGUGGAGUGCAUCAAUACCUACGGCUCCAGUCAUUGCGCCAACUGUCCCAUUGGCUGGACGGGCGAUGGACGCAACUGUGUGCGCAGCAACAGCCAACCGAUUAAUGGCGACGCCUCCGGACAAUCGCCCAAUGCUUUUGGCUUGACCAGCUGCACGCAGCGUGCUUCGUUGUGUCAUCCGGCGGCCAUCUGCUCGGAGAUAUCUAAUACGAUUGUCUGCAGUUGUCCCCAGGGCAUGGUGGGCAGUGGCUAUGGCGAGAAUGGCUGCGUUCGUGGCACCAACAACAACUGCAACGAUAUGCCAUGCUUGAACGGUGGCGUCUGCCUCGACCGUGGCCCCAACAACUAUACGUGCUUGUGUCCGCGUGGCUACCGCGCUCCCCGAUGCGAGCCGCUGCCCAAUCCGUGCACCUCGAAUCCCUGCCAGAACAACGGACGCUGCAGUCAAACGCCCGCGGGCGAUGGCUUCGUCUGCCAGUGUCAGCCCGGCUAUCGUGGUCGACUGUGCGAUCAGCGCUUCAGCAGCUGCAAUGGCAUGCUGGUGGGUCAAACGGGACGACUGCGUUAUCCGCCCAGUGGCAGCAGCUAUCAGCAUAAUGCACAGUGUGCUUGGGUGAUACGGACCAAUGAGACGUUGGUGCUGAAUGUGACAUUUAAUAGCUUCAAUUUGGAGGAUUCCGCGGAGUGUCGCUUUGACUGGCUGCAGAUCAACGAUGGACGCUCGGCUGCGGCACAAAUCAUUGGACGCUAUUGUGGCAAUCAUAUACCGCAUGGCGGCAACAUCAUCUCCUCGAGCCAUCAGCUGUACUUGUGGUUCCGUUCGGACAAUUCGACGGCACACGAGGGUUUCGAUCUUAGCUGGGAAUCGAUUACACCGCAAUGCGGUGGUCGCAUCGAUAUCGAGACACAUGGUACACUUGCCUCGCCGGGUUCGCCGGGCCAAUAUCCCAAGAAUCGCGAUUGCCAAUGGCAUUUGGUGGCGCCGCGCGCGAAGCGCAUUAAGUUAACAUUCUUUAGCCUGCAACUGGAGCAACAUGCCACCUGUGACUUUGACUAUGUGCAGAUAAGCGAUGCUCUUUCCGAUGUGGAGCUGUUCAAGUUCUGCAGCAGCCAACAACCGGCGCCAUUGACGCUGCCCACGCACGAUGUCUUCAUACGCUUCCAUUCGGAUGAGACGGGCAGCGAUUUGGGCUUCCAGCUCCAUUACUCGCUCGAGGAUCAAUUGCCCGGCUGUGGAGGCAUCUACACCAGCACUCGUGGCACAAUCAAAGCACCGGACAUUGAAGAUGGCUCUGGCGGUAUUACCUGUGACUAUGAGAUACGCUCGGCUGCCGGCGAAUCGAUUGCCGUGGACUUUGAGCAAUUCAGCCUGGCUGAUGAUUCCUGCAUGGAGUUCUACGAGCUGCCCGAGACGAACAACAGUGGUGGCAACAGCGAUGGCUGGCUCUCGGUCAAACAUUGCGGCAGUCCGGUGCAAAUGCCGCCCAGUUUCAAUUCGAUGUACAGUCGCCUCCGUAUUAAAUAUAUUGCUGUGCGCGCUGACGAUCAAUUCCAGAUCGACUAUCGCAUGGAAUGUUCGCGAACCUUUGACGCACCAAAUGGCACAAUUAGCUCACCGGGUUAUCCCAACGGCACUCGGAAGGCGCAUUCGUGUACGUUCAGAAUCGUCACACCCCCUAAUACGAUUAUUACGCUGAAGCGUUUGGAUUUUGAGACCGACACAUCGGACAGCUCGGAGGAGGAAUAUGGAGAGAUACAGACGGUAGAGCCGCGGGGCUGUGCGGAUGGCGAUGCGCUUACAUUUAACGAUGGCCUCAAUAAGGUUAUACGUGGUCCGUUUUGUAGAUUUUUGCCGGCUCCCCUGUUGUAUGUGAGUCGAACGAAUAUGCUGAUCAUUCAUUCGGAAGUCACCGCCUACGGCAGUGGGGCGCAUUUCUAUCAGUUCGAAUACCAUACUAUGCCCAUAUCGAGUUAUCAGUGCGGUGGUGUGCACACGAAGGAAUCGGAUCACAUACGUUCACCGACAGAUUCUGCUGGCCACUAUCGCAACGAUUUGCGCUGCGAAUGGAUCAUUAUGGCACCGCCCGGCAAGGCAAUUUUAUUGCAUUGGCACAGCUUCAAUCUGGAGGACGGCGAUUGUAGUUUCGAUUAUGUGAGUAUCUAUGAUGGCUUGAUUGCCGGCCAACCGGAUGCGGAACGAUCGCAACUGUUGCGCGUCUGUGGCACUCAAUUGCCCGAGGAUAUUGUGAGUCAUUCGCGCUCCCUAACGGUCACGAUGCACACGGACUUCUCGGACACUGGGGAUGGCUUUGAGUUGUCGUAUCGCUUUGUCGAUCGCUCCGAUUGCGGCGGUCGCAUCCAUAGUGCAGCGGGCAUGCUCACCUCGCCAUUAUAUCCGCUCAACUAUAGCAGUGGCCUGGACUGCGUCUGGCAGGUGGUGACGGGCGCCGGGCGGCAAAUGGAGCUCCAGCUGGAUCUAUUCGAGUUGGAGAACUCGACGAAUUGUCAUGCCGAUUGGCUGGAGGUGCGCAACGGCAUGAACAAUCAAUCGGCGCUGAUUGGACGCUUCUGUGGCACAAAUAUGCCGCGACGCAUUCCCAGUUUCACCAAUCAGAUCUAUUUGCAUUUCCACACGAAUGACGUGAAUCAGGCGCGUGGUUUUCGCCUUAGCUGGCGCACCGUGGCCAGCGGCUGUGGCGGACGUCUUCAGAGCGAUACGGGUGUGAUCACAUCUCCGAACUAUCCGGCUCAGUAUCCCCAUGAGCUGCACUGCGAGUGGCAGUUGAGGUCGCACUUGGGUUCGCAGCUGACUAUCACGAUUGAAGAUAUGGAAAUUGAGGAGUUGAACUCGUGUGCCUACGACUAUCUGAGUAUUGAGGCAAUCGAUGCCAAUAUUGUGCCGAGGAAUCCCAUAUCCCAAACGCUGUGUUCCUUGCCUCCGGUGGGUAACAGGGAUUUACAAUUGGAUAGCAAUCAGGCGAAUGUCAUCUUCCAUUCCGAUUCAAGUAAUUCGGCUCGUGGCUUUCGGUUAACGUACGCGGUCAACUGUGUGGUCGAGCUGGAUACACAUCAGGGCGUCAUCGAGAGCCUUAACUAUGGCGUGUCCUAUAUGGCGACACCCAUCGAUUGUCGCUGGACAAUUCGUGCGCCGCGCGGUAAUCGCAUUCUCGUGGAGUUUUCGCAUUUCGAUGUCCGACAUGAAGGUCAACCGAAUGAUGAGGAGGGUGGCGUUUAUCUCGUCGAUGGUCAGACUAACGUGACUACGUCUAUUACCACAAUUGGGACGCAUAAUGUGAGCAGUCAGCUGCUCAGCAUUGUGCACAACACGAGUCGCAUUAACUUCCGGCUGGAGUAUCGCAUCGAUGGCUGUAUUUAUGAGCUGCGUGCCACGAACGGCUCGUUCAAAUCGCUCAACUAUCCGAAGGUGUAUCCCAAUGAUAUGGAAUGCUAUUGGCUGAUCCAUGCACCGCUGGGCCAGGUUAUUGAGCUCACGGUGCUCAGUAUGGACAUUGAGGAGAGUGUCAAUUGCACCAAGGAUUCGCUUGUGAUCUCCAAUUCGUUUAGAAACAACUUCCGCACUGAGCGACACUGUGGUCGCAACGACAAAAUGAUCAUCACCAGCGCUGGACACAAGCUGCAUGUUAGCUUCAAUAGUGACGGCUCGACGAAUGGACGCGGCUUCGAGGCCACGUAUCGCAUUUUCCCCAGCAAAUGUGGCGGCAGAUUGACAGCUAAAACCGGUGUCAUUUCGUCACCGGGUUAUCCUCGACCCUAUCCACGGAACAGCAAUUGCGAAUGGACUUUGGAGGUGUCGCCACAUCAUAGAAUUUUAUUUGCCAUUGAGGCGAUGGAUUUGGAAACGGGUAUGAACUGCAAUUGGGACAAAUUGUCGGCUUUCGAUUUGAUAGCCAGCGAUACGUACUCUAUGGGCGACAGCGAUCUGGAUGACACCGAAGGAGCUCAGAUCUUUUCCCUCUGCACCGGAAAAUACUUGCAACGCGAGGAGUCCUCAACCAAUCGAGCCCUACUGCGUUUCGUAACGGACGAUUCGGUACAGCACAAUGGUUUUCGGCUGCACUAUCGUGAAUCCUGCGGCCAAAGUCUGCUGAUCGAUGAGACAAGCUACGAGACACUGACACUAUCGCAUCAGGUGGCACGCAACGAGACCUGUGUUUGGGUGCUGCGCGCCAACGAUCCCAGCAAGCGCAUCAUCUUCACCCCACAGCAUGUUCAGCUGCAUACGGAUGCCUCGGACGCCUAUGCCACCGAAAGCGAUUGCAUGCCCCACGGCAUUCAGAUCUAUGAGGGUGAUACAACAAAGGGCACGGCACGCCAACGUUUCUGUCGCAGUCAUCCGCCGGCGCUAAUCUCGCAUGGCAAUGCGUUGACCAUCAGUGUGCCGCUGUUGCUGGUCGCCGAAUUCGAGGCGAAUUACAUGACCAUGGACACGAUGUGUGGCAGCGAUUAUUCAGGAUUGUCGGGUGCCUUCACCACACCCUAUUAUCCAUCGAGUUAUCCGGUGAACAUUGAAUGCUAUUGGAUGAUAUCGGCAUCCUCUGGCAACUCGUUGUCGCUGAGCAUUGAAUCGUUUGAUCUGGAGCAAUCCGAUGGCUGCAACAACGAUUAUCUGGAGAUACGUGAGGAAUCAUCGCGUGGCCCACUCAUUGGCGUCUAUUGCGGCACACAGCUGCCGGCGAACAUCAAGUCGAAGGGCGCCAUUUGGAUGAAGUUCAAGAGUAACGAUGAUGUGGUGGGUGAGGGAUUUAUGGCCAAGUACAACUAUGACCACCACAACGAACUGAACGGCACUGCGGGCACUAUCGAGUCGCCGCAUUAUCCCAGCAGACUUGAUACCACCGAUAAAUACAGCUGGCGCAUUACCGUCGACAGUGAGUAUGUGAUAGUGAUGGCCGUGGAGCACUUGCGGGAUGUCGACCUGCAGCAUUUGCACUUCUACGAUGGUUACACUGACAUUGGCGCCGAACUCAAAGUGGAGGCAUCACGUCCAAUGAUCUCACACACCAAUGUGAUGUACAUCACGGCGACACACGGUCCCUUCCGACUUGAUUGGCAGUGCCUAUCCAAGGAAGCGGUUGCCUCGAAUCGCAGUGCCGAGCUGCAGACACAUCUGUGCGGACAUCAGUUGGUCCAUGUGGAUGGCAUGCUCACUUUCAAUUCACCCGGCUAUCCGCAUGGCUAUGCCACGAAUUUGCAUUGUGCCUGGGAUUUGGUGCCAUCGGAUACAGCCACACAUGCGGCCGUUCAGGUGACCACCGUCGAUUUGGAAGUCUUUAGCGACGAAUGCUUUACGGACUACUUGACUGUGUCCAGCAGCAAUGACCUGGAGACAUGGUCGGAGCUCUCCAAGCUCUGUCGACCUUUAAAUGCCAGCGGCCUCUGGUUCCAUGGAAAACCGUAUUUGCGCCUCGAAUUUGUCACCGACGCCAGCGUUAAUAAAACUGGCUUUGCCACACAGGUGCGCAGUGCUUGCGGUACCGAGUUGACUGCACGUCAGGGUGUCCUUAAUGUCACGCAGAUGCUUCGCAGCCGUACGAUGUUUUCAGAAGAAUGCAUCUGGACAAUUCGAGCUCGUCAGGGCAAACGGUUGCGCAUCACGUUCCUUGAGUCGCAGUUGCGAUCCAGCACGAUGGAUAGUUGCCUUAACUUCUUUGUGUUGCGCAACGGUGCCGAGGAGGAUUCCCCGUUCCUGGGACGUGGCAAGUAUUGUGAGAACAACAUCACCGAUGUGCUCGAGACGACCUCGAAUCGGGCGCAUAUCAAAUUGCACAAAGGUCGGUUUAUGGGCUUGAAGGCCGCCAUUCGGUACGAGGAAUUGGGACACGCCUGUUCCGGUCAAAUUGUGCUCGAGGAAGGUGCCGGCAAAUUCAGAAGUCAUGUGAUAACCUCACCCAACUAUCCCAAUCUGCCCAAUCCGUAUUCGGAGUGUGUGUGGCAAAUUCAGGCGCCGCCACAUCAUCGCAUUUCAUUGGAGUUCGAAGCGUUCGAUUUGACGCCCAGCAGCAGUCCAAAGAACGACAGCGGCACCGCGGAAGCGGACAACGUGGAUGAGGGCUGUGAUCAGGAGUUUGUGCAGCUCAACGAUGGUGCCACCGAAUUGAUGCCACAGUUGGGACGCUACUGCGGCAAUCGCAAGCCGAACGUCGUCUACUCCUCUGGCAGCGUUUUGCGCGUCAAAUUCUAUACGUCGAUUUUGGAGCCACGAACCGGUUUCAAAGCGACAGUUAAGCUAGCCGACUGCGGUGGCAGCUACUACACACCCAACGGCAUUAUCAGUUCUCCGAAUCUCAAGCAGUUCCCGUUGCAACAACAAACGCAAGUGGCCAGGGAAUGCGUGUAUACGAUUGAAAUGGAAAAGGGUAGCACUAUAGCGCUCAACUUUGAGGCUAUGCAAUUGCCCGGCGAUCCAGAGAAUUGUACGGGUCGAACCCACUUGCUGCUCGAAGAGAUAGAACCGUUUGGCGAUAACUAUCAGGAGGAACGCAUUAGCGAUCGCUUAACAGUCUGUGGCACACAAUCGCGUCGCUUCCUCGUCGAGACCAACAAGGUGGUGAUGCAUCUGAUUGUGCCCACCGGACAGCUGGGAGUCCAGGAGAGUUUCCAGCUGCGCUAUGCGGCGGUGGGCACGCGUUGUGGCGAAACAAUUGAUGCCUCCUUGGGUGUGCUGCAGACACCCAACUAUCCGUUGGGUGUGCGUGUGCCCACGCAUUGCUUGUGGCGCAUCCAGGUGCCGAAGGGCAGACGCGUCAGGGUCGAGAUACUGGACUUUGACAUUGGCAGCACUCACUCAUCGUACCGCGGUCGUUUAGUUUUUGCCCAGGAUCUCAACAUGCAGGCGAUCAUUAGUCGCUAUACACGCGAUCCGCCCGCCGAAGUCAUUUCUAUGGAUAAUACGAUGAGCAUCGAUGCCUUCCUGCUGCCCUUUGACACGCAUCGCGGCUUCAAGUUGCGUUUCACAGCCUAUGGCCACAGCAGUUGCAUCAAGAACGUUUACGAGCAUCGUUUAGUGCGCUUUAGCAACUUCAACGAUUCGAUCUAUUGCAGCACACAACUUACACCGCCGCCCAACAACACAAUCCGACUGCGCGUAAUGGACUACAACACCACUUCGGUGAUGAUGCAAAACCGUCAUGUGUGCAACAUGUUGUCGCCUCUGAAAAUGCUGCUCACAGAUUCCGCCAAACCGUUGUUGCCGACCUUCUUGUGCAGCGGUGCCGCCGCCAGCAAUCAAAGCGUUCUCCUGCCCUUCCCUGUUGAGGUCGUUGUCAAUGGCAAUCGUCGCAACGAAAUGCGUUCGCUGGCACUCGACUACAGCAUUGAGAAUUGCGGCGGCGUCUGGCCCCUCGAACCGGGCGACAACAUGACCAUCACACAGCCAGCAGCGGGCAAUACGCAUUGUGCCUGGGCUGUGGGUCCGGAUGCCAAUGCAGAGGAUCCACUGUCGCCGGAGGACGUGCAGCUGGAGGUGUCGGUGAGCGCGAAUUUAACUGGUGCCUGUGAUGUGCACUAUCUGUUGGUCUACAAUGGUCCCGAUCAGAAUUCACCGUUGAUGGGUCGCUAUUGUCAGGAGGUCACCGAAGUCAACAAGGUGGUGGAGCGUGGUCUCUUCGUGGAGUACCAUGCGCCAGUUGACACAGCAGUCAGCAGCAAUUCCACUCCCACUUCCACAUUCAAUGUCAGCGUCAAGUAUGGCAGCGGUUGUGGGGGACGUCUCAGCUAUCCAUAUCGUCAGAUCGAGUUCAGCGAGCAAUACAAGAACAAUGUCGAGUGCAUUUGGGAAAUUGAGGCCGGCUCUGGUUUCCAUGUGGGUCUCACGUUCAUCUCUCGCUUCUACAUUGAGAACAGCAACGGCUGCACCAAGGACUAUUUGCGUGUCCAGCAGCUGCGUUCGAACAGCACCAUGGGCGACACCGCCGAGUGGGAAGAUCUGCAAACGAUAUGCGGUCGGGAUCCGCCGCUAUACAUCAAUUCAACAACGUCCGCCAUGCGUUUGAUCUUCCGCUCCGAUGGCGAUACAACCGCCGACGGUUUCCUUGCACGCUUCGAGCGCAAUUGUGGCGGCAUCCUCUAUGCCGAUGAUGCACCACGUGUGCUGAAUAGUCCCGGCUAUCCAGUGGGCUAUUUAACAAAUUUGCAUUGCAAUUACACGUUCCUGAAGAGGGAUCCGAAUGCAGCGGGUGUGCUCAUCAAUUUCGUGAAAUUCGAUCUGGAACGAUCGCCGGUUAACAUGUGCAUGUUCGACAAUGUGACAAUUACAACGCUUGAUGACAAUGAUGUCAAGAACACGGCGGUGCUGUGUGGCGUCAAGCAGCGUCAUGUGUAUCGGGCACAGGUAUCGAUCAACUUGAUCAUGGCAUCGGACAGUUCGUUCAGCGGCCAGGGAUUCCAGUUGGAGUACGCCACACGGAUGUGCGGUGGCAUUGUGAACAGCACUCAGGUGGUGGAGUCACCGCGUCAGCAUCAAGAUGAUCGGAUGCCACACAACAGCGAUUGCUAUUGGAAUCUGACGGCGCCAGCUGGCAGCAAAUUCGCCAUCAAGCUGGAGAAGCUGGACAUGGAGGCGGGAACGCGUCAAUGCUCCUUUGACGGGGUCGAGAUCUUUGCCAGCCCCGUGCCGGAUGAGAAGCAACGCUUGGCUCGCUACUGUGGUCGCAUGCAGAGCGGUGAGAUGCCCACCUUGCACAUAAACACGAAUCGUGCCUUGAUUCACAGCUAUUCGGAUCAAUCGGAAUCAUCGAAUGGUUUCAAGUUCGUUGUGCGUGUGAUGCCCAAUUGCGAUGAGCACAUCAUGCUGGGCGAGCAAAAUUCCACCUAUACGUUUAACAAAUAUGUGGGAGAAUACGCAAAUAAUUUGGACUGUAGUUUUGUGUUCAAGGCACCGCCAGGUUACUAUUUGAGCGCUGAGUUUCGCAGUUUUCACGUAGAGGCCACCAACAAUUGUACCGCUGACUAUUUGGUGAUACGCGAUGGUGCCGGACCCUUUGCCGAGGAUCUGGGUAAAUUCUGUGGACAGGAUUUGCCACCGAAACUGACAACAUCGCAGCAUACGUUGUUCAUGAAUUUCGUUACCGAUGGCGGUGUUACGGAUACGGGCUUUGAAUUUGUGGUCACCGCCAAGCCGCUGACUUGUGGCAGUCAAUUGAUCAAAUUCGAUGGCAAGCAGCCGCUGGAAUUACGUUCACCGGUCAACGAGCAGGGCAACUAUGACAAUAAUGUAUAUUGUCUGUGGAAAAUCGAGAGUGAAGUGAUGCUGCAUUUGCGUUUCCUCAGCCUCGAUCUAGAGGGACCCGAUGCCAAUGGCACUUGUGCGUUUGACUAUCUGAAGAUCUACGACAGCGAGAAUGCAGUGCAACUGGAGCAAGGCUAUGGCAGUCACAUGAUCUACAACGGUAAGAAAUCCAGAGGCGAUUACUUCGACUAUGCAUCGGAGCAUGUUUAUUGUGGCUCUGGCAUGCCCGACGAUUAUUAUCCGCACACGAAGAAUAUAUACGUGAAAUUCCACAGCAAUGGGGCAAACAGUCGACCGGGCUUCCGUUUGCAACUGAUGGCCAAUGCUGGCUGUAGCCACAACUAUGGCGGAUUGCAAGGUCGCAUUGUGUUCGCCGACACCGCCGACUGCGAUGUGUUUAUCACAGCACCCACUGGCUAUGUGCUGAGCUUGUACUAUGCGGAUAUUACGCUUGGCUCCACGGAUUGCUCUCAAGAGUCCUUGGAGGUGUUCGAUAAGGCGACGAAUCGAUCGCUGCAGCAACAGUGUAGCUAUGUCCAGACGGGCUCCGGACUGUUCACUCAGACCAAUGAUCUGAGGCUGCACUUUAAGACGGGCAGUUAUUAUAGCACCAUCGAUUUGACGUACAUUGCUAACAAAGUAGAACUGGGACCUGGUUGUGGUGGUGACAUCUACAACACGGCGGGUGUCUUCAGCAACGCCUUCUAUCCGCAGAGUGUGCGCAACAACUCCAAUUGCCGUUGGAACCUGCGUGUGCCGAGCAACAAUCGUGUAAUGCUCCUUUUCGAAUUCAUUCAAUUGGGCUCAAGGUCCACCUGUAACACGGAUUAUCUGCAGAUACUGGAGGACACCGGAAGACCCGAUCAGCAGUUGCAGGAGAUGGCACGCUACUGUGGUGACGAUAAACCCAAAGUCUAUAAGAGUAAACGUAGUCAGCUGUCGGUGCAGUUCCACAAGUCGGUCAACAAUAAUGGCCUCGGUUGGGUGAUCCGGUUUACGGGUGUCUUCGAUGAUUACCAGAUACCACAAUAUCUCCUCGAAUGAUUUAUUUCCACUUUGAACGAUGUUACACAAACAAAACAUUGAUUUUUUUUUUUCGUAAUUUUAUUGAAUAUAUUUUAAAUUAGUUAUCUAUAAAAUAAUUACUAUAUGUAAUAAUAUAAUAGAAUUUUCUCUCAAACAAAUUUCAAUCAAUUAAAAUUACUUUUCAAAUAAAACGCACAAUUCACGUAUUCCACUUUCUCGUUUCUUCGAUUUAACUACUAAUAUACAGUAAACGACGACGCAAAAAAAAAGGGUUUAUCAUUAUAAUAAUAAUUGUGGUAUAAGGUUAUUGUUUUUGUUUGUUUAAAUAAGAGAAGUAGUACUCGUAUCAUUCACGUAAUUAUUAUUAUGGUAAAAAUAGAAAUCAAGAAAGGCUCGUUUCUUCUUGUCCUUUAUCCU